AUGGCGCCCUUCAAGACUGGAAAUAGGGCAAUUUUCAAAGUCUUGUUGACGGUCCAAGACAACCUGACCCGAGUAGUUGAUUCCCUGUCCAAGUGCGUGCAGUGGGCAGAGGGCUUUCUGCUGGUCUACUCCAUCACAGACUAUGACAGCUACCAAUCCAUGUGCCCCCUUUACCACCACAUCCGGAAGGUCCACCCUGACUCUAGGGCCCCUGUCAUCAUCAUGGGCAACAAGGGAGACCUUCUCCAUGCCUGUCAGGUGCAAACACAUGAUGGCAUUCAACUGGCCAAUGAACUGGGCAGCCUGUUCCUUGAAAUUUCCACCAGUGAAAACUAUGAGGACGUCUGUGAUGUGUUUCAGCAUCUCUGUAAAGAGGUGAGCAAGCUGCACAGCCUCAGGGGGGAGAGGAGGAGGGCCUCCAUCAUUCCCUGGCCGCGCUCUCCCAACAUGCUAGACCUCAAGAGGUGCUUCAAACAGGCUCUGUCUUCCAAAGUGAAAUCCCCCUCUGCACUGGGGUAA